AAAGCGGGCUCAUCAAGGGCGGAGGUUGGGAGGGGCCGAACCCCUGGCAAAGCCCGGUCCAGAGCGAGACUCAGCGGUUGAGGGCGCGCGGCGGCGCCGCGUCCCACGCUGGGGAGAUUAAUGGAACCGCGGCGCCCGCUCUUGAGUCCUGCCCGGGGAGGGACAGUAUCUGUUUAGAUUUGUGUCUAAAUUUAAACCCUGAUCGCCGGCCUCCCUCCCCGGCUCCCUCCCCUCGCCUUUCCCCUCCCUCCCUCCUCCUCCUCCUCCUUCUUCCUCGUUCCCUCGCGCAGGGGCCCCGCGGCCGGGGCAGUCCCGCAGCCCAGCGCAGCCCGGCGCGCCGCCGCCCACUCGCCCUGCGCCCGCCGCAGCCCGAACCUGGCCCGGGCCGGGAGCUGAAGGGACAACAGGGAUCGCGAGUUUCAGCCCCAAGCGAGCGCGGGCGCGGCCGCCGCUGGAGGACAACCUGGAGGACAUGGAGGAAAGACCGGCAGAGACCAAGGCCAGUGUGGACAGCUCGGCGACCCCCUCGGUGGCUCAGCUGGCUGGGCGCUUUAGGGAGCAGGCGGCUGCUGUGAAAGAGACACCAGCCAGUAAACCAACAAGAAGGAAACCGCCCUGCUCCCUCCCCCUGUUCCCCCCCAGGGUAGAGCUGGGCCAGAAUGGCGAGCAGAAAUCGCCACCCAAUGCCAGCCACCCUCCUAAAGUCAAGGUGAAGAGCUCGCCUCUGAUCGAGAAGCUUCAGGCCAACUUAACCUUUGACCCAGCAGCCCUGCUGCCUGGCGCCUCACCCAAGAGUCCUGGGCUCAAGGCCAUGGUGUCGCCAUUUCACAGCCCACCUUCUACGCCCAGCAGUCCUGGCGUUCGGUCUCGGAGCAGCGAGGCAGAGGAGGUCCCUGUUAGCUUCGACCAGCCACCUGAAGGCAGCCAUCUGCCCUGUUACAAUAAGGUGCGGACGAGGGGCUCCAUCAAAAGGCGCCCCCCCUCCAGGCGUUUCCGAAGGUCCCAGUCAGACUGUGGGGAACUUGGAGACCUGCGGGUCACCGAUGCGGCUCAAGAGAAUGGCACCAAAGAAGAGAAUGGAGAUGAGGUGUUCCCGUCCAAGAGUAGGGCCCCAGGGUCCCUGCCGGCUAGAGAGGGGGCUGCCAGAGAGGGAGUGGGGGGACCCCUGGGGCCUGGGGACAGGCCCCCUCUGAGGAGGACACGCAGCGGGCCAGAGAAACAGGAGGAGCAGGACGACGGGGCGGCGGAGGAGGCCCCACAAUGCGAGAAGGCGGCGCAGAAUCCAGAGGCGGUGGCCCCCGCACCACCCCAAGCCUCCAGCCCAGAGGCCGAGAAUGGGCAGGGGAGCCCCAUGGAGGCAAAGCCAGCGGAAGAGGAGGUGGAGGCAAAGGGGGAGAAGCCGGGGGCUGCAGAGCCUGAGCCUGGACUGAAGAACGAGAAGCCAGAGGAGGCAGCUGCAGGGGUGGAGGUCCCCCAGGGCGCCCCUGGAGGGAUGGAAGACAGUGACACCCCCAAGCUGGACGAGGGCCAGGAGAAGCAAGAGGAAGGGGCAGUCCCCGAGCCAGGCUGCAGCCCCGGGACCAGCCAUGCCCUGCAGGAGACCAGCAGCCAGGUCCACAGCGACGGCCCAGCCGUCCCCAACAAAGAGGAUGACAGGCUGGGCCAGGACACUAAGAUGUGAAGAACUCCUUGUGCCCGAGGGAUGAAGCUACCGGGGACAUCUCUUCGCCAGUAGCAGCAGCAGCAGCAGCAGCAGCAGCAAUGGUAGCAGCAACAGGUUGUGGCAGCCUGGUUUCCCCAAAGAUCCAGGGCAGGUUUUUUUCUCCUCCACACUCUCUGAUCCCUCACAGAUGGGGAUGGAUCUGAGGGCGGUGGACCUGUAUCAGCUUAGUGUGUGUCAUUUGAUGGACUCAGCUUUUAAUAAAAAAUGGAGAGAGAGAGAAAGAAGAAAAUCUUAUUUUAAAUUGAUAAGAACAGAUACUACACUUGAUCUUAGCCAAAAGGCUGAGAAGCGAUAGAAAAUCUUAUUUAAAACAGUUCACUGUGGUGCCAACACCCCAGGGAUUCUGGUCAGCCUGUGGGACCCUGGAUACCAUUCAAUCCUCCCUCUCCAUAUAGGUGACCUCCAAACUGAGCUCUGAUGUAGCUUUAGGGUUUUGCUUGUGUAGUUAUAGCCUUUUUUACUGUUCUAAAAUUUGUAUGGUUCUCAAAUAUAAGUCAAAACUGUCAGUGGCCAGAAAAAAAAAAGAAAGUGAUACUACUGGAAAUGCUGAUCCCGUCCAGUGCAGAGAUCCUGCAACUGUAGCAAGAGUCCAGAGACAACCUUGCAGAUCGGUGCAGAUGUGAACUGGGCAGCCGCUGUUGAGAACGUCGGACUAGAAGAAAUAGUUAUGGAAACAACGGGAAAAUGAAGGGUGCUGCCACCAACAGCAGCUGUUCCUGUCCCGACCACGGGAGGUGGCGGCUGAGCUCAGACCCCUCUGCCACCCUGGAGGAGGCUUCGAGAACAUCUGUGGAAGGCAGGGAGAGGGUGGAGGUUUGCUGUUCCACCCUGCGCUUCCUGGUCCUGAAGGCAGAGCAGCAAUGCCUGUCCAGCGCCGGCACCGGCUAUCCGACUGAUACUGCCAGGGUGAACUCUGAACCCUGCAGGUGCCCUUGAACACGGGUCAGUUGUUUGCUGGCAGGUACCAAGAGCACCAUGAAAAAAUUCUUCCCAGCUCUCCUGGGAAGUUUUCCUUGGAAUGAAGCCCAUGUUCUUCUCUUCGACUCAGGGGGAGUGAGUUGAGGUCUUGGGUCUGUUCUCACUGAGUAGCUUGCUUCAAUAUUCUGUUUGGAGAGUAGGAGGUUUUUCAAGGCAGGGAGGCCUGAAAACCCAUUCCUUAACUCACACUCUCUCCUCUCUUCACACACUCCUGCUGAAAGAUGCUAAUGCAAAUAAGUGCUUCCUUAGGGUUGGUCCUUGUUCUGUUUCAGUGUGCUCAUUGGCAGUUGCAGUAAUUGUUUUCCUGAAGAUUUAUUAGGCAGCAGCCUGUGCUGACCUCAGAAAAUCAGUCUUUCCAGACAAAAAGGCCUUGUGUCACCACUGGUACCUCGAUUUUUCUCAUCCCAUUUAGUUUUUUCUAAACUACAGCAGAAUGUUAAUAUUUAGUAUAUAAAAUUUUUUUCAAAAUGAUUUUUAAAUGGAUUGCAGUUUGUAUCAAAUUUGUAACUUGGUUGAAACUGAUACUGUCAUAGCUAUUAUAAACUCUGGAUUUGUGGCAGAAUUUGGGAGACGUGCGUAGUUAUUUGGAAAUCUAUAUACUACCAACAGA